AUGCGUUCACAAAUAUUUGAAUCUAGCAACUAAUGUAAAAAGUGCGAGCGUGUAUCCGAAUUUAUUGGAUGUAUCCGUUUCCGAUCCGCCAUCUUUGUUUCUUUCGCUUGUCAGACUUGGCUGAUAAGAAGCCUCAAAAUGCAGCUGCACAUCAGAGGACAGUCGACCCACGUUCUAGACGUCAAUGGAGAGGAGACCAUUGCCCAGAUCAAGGAGCGCGUGCGCUCUCUGGCUGGCGUAGCCGAUGAGGACGUGACCCUCUCCCUCAGCGGAGCUCCCUUGGAGGACUCCUGCUUAGUAUCAGAGCUAUCUUCAUACGAGCUUGACCUCACAGUCCCACUGCUUGGUGGUAAAGUGCACGGAUCCUUGGCUCGUGCUGGUAAGGUCAAGGGACAGACCCCCAAAGUUGAGAAGCAACAGAAGAAAAAGAAGAAGACCGGCCGUGCCAAGCGUAGGAUCCAGUACAACAGGAGGUUUGUCAAUGUUGUGCAGACCUUCGGCCGUCGCCGUGGACCCAACUCCAACUCGUAGGCUAUAUCUUGUAAAUAAAAUGCAAAUAUAACACCCAUUUGCACCAAAA